AACUAAAAAUGAAUGGUGGUGGAUAGUAUAAGGACAAAGAGUGUCUUGUUAUUAUCCCUUCGAUUAUCAAAAGAAAGAAUACGACUGCCAAACAACUAAUUUCUUUGAUUCCUCCUCCCGAAUUAUUUCUCUCUCUCUCUCUCACACAAACACACACACGAAAGGUGUGAGAGAGGUGGAAUUUGACGACGGAAAUGGAAAAGGUGGUUUGUGUAACGGGGGCAUCCGGUUACAUAGCGUCGUGGCUGGUUAAGUUUUUGCUUCACCGUGGUUACACCGUUAAGGCCACCGUCCGCAACCUCAGUGAUCCAAGAAAGGUUGAACAUCUAAUGGCACUUGAAGGAGCCAAGGAAAGAUUGUUUUUGUAUCAAGCCGACUUACUCGAAGAAGGAUCUUUCGAUUCGGUAGUUGAUGCCUGCGAAUGUGUUUUUCACACAGCAUCUCCCGUUUUCCUUUCAGUUUCCGAUCCACGGACAGAGUUGAUAGAUCCUGCGGUGAAGGGAACGAUUAACGUUCUUAGAUCAUGCAAGAAAGUACCGUCGAUCAAACGAGUUGUUAUUACAUCUUCAAUGGCUUCCGUUAUGUUCAAUCAUAGUCCACUAAAUUCUGAUGCUAUAGUCGACGAAACUUGGUAUUCUGAUCCGUUGUUCUGCGAGGAAAAAAAGGAAUGGUAUGCACUGUCGAAAACUCUAGCAGAGAAGGCUGCAUGGAAAUUUGCAGAAGAAAACGGGCUCGAUGUUGUUACGUUACACCCGGGUUUCGUUAUCGGUCCUCUACUUCAGCCAACUCUCAAUUUGACCUCCGAGGCUCUUUUGAAUCUCGUUAGAGAAGGAAAACAAUUAUGGACAAGUGGAAUAUACCGAUACGUUGACGUGAGAGACGUUGCUCUUGCGCACAUUCUAGCGUUUGAGAAUCCCUCUGCAAACGGAAGAUAUUGUUUGGUCGGAAGGGUGACCUAUUCGUUCGAAGCGCUCGGAAUAUUAAAUCGGAUUUUCCCUUCUCUUGACCUACCACAUAGUAGUGAAGAAAACGAGCCUGCGAAUCUUCCUUACGAAGUGUCGAAAGAGAGAGCAAAAAGUUUGGGCAUAGAUUUCACCCCUAGAGAAAGGAUGAGCGAAGGGGGAAAGGUCGUGUGCGUGACAGGAGCAUCGGGUUACAUAGCAUCAUGGCUGGUUAAGCUUUUGCUUCACCGUGGUUAUACUGUCAGAGCCACCGUUCGCAAUCUCAGCGAUCCAAGUAAAGUAGGGCAUCUAAAGGCACUUGAAGGAGCCGAUGAAAGAUUACACAUAUUCGAAGCCGACUUAAUCGAUGAAGGAUCGUUCGAUUCAGUAAUUGAUGGCUGUGUGGCUGUUUUCCAUACAGCUUCCCCUGUUAUCCUUUCACCUUCCGAUGCAAAGGCAGAGCUGAUCGAACCGGCAGUAAACGGAACGCUCAAUGUCAUGAAUUCAUGCAGCAAAGCGUCAUCCGUUAGACGAGUGGUGAUAACUUCCUCGAUUGCUUCGGUUAUGUUCAACGAAAAGCCGAAAAUCGACGGUGUUGUGGUGGACGAAACCUGGUUUUCAGACACGGUAUUCUGCGAAGAAGCUAAGCUGUGGUAUCCUCUUGCAAAAACCUUGGCCGAGCAAGCUGCGUGGAAAUUUGCACGAGAAAACGGCAUUGACUUGGUCACAAUGAAUCCUGUCCUUGUGAUCGGUCCUCUCCUUCAGCCAACUCUCAAUUUCACUUCUCUGCUUUUCUUGGACAUCGUUAAAGGGAAGGAAGUAUACAAAUCAUAUAGAUUCGUUGAUGUUAGAGACGUUGCUAAUGCACACAUUACGGCUUUCGAGAAUCCAUCAGCUAGCGGCAGAUAUAUUCUGGUCGGAGCAAUGCUGAGUCAUUCUGCGACUCAGCAGAUUCUGCAUAAGCUUUAUCCUUCCAUCGAUGUUCCUCUAGCUGAAACGGAAGAACCAACGUACGAGGUGUCGAAGAAGAGAGCAGAGGGUUUGGGCAUCAAUUUCAUGCCUAUGGAAGUGAGCAUUGAGGACACUGUUGAAAGCUUGAAGGAAAGGAACUUCCUCACUAUAUGAAGGAGUUUAUUGUAUUUAGUAUUUACUAUUUACUACCCUGUGUUGUAUUGAAUUGUUAAAUAAAAAAACCUCCAGUAUUAUUUUAUUUGCAAAAAGGCCCUUAUAAUGUUGUGUGUUUAGCUUAGGGGUGUAAACGAGCCGAGCACAAGCCGAGUUUGGCUGUUUUGGCGAGC